UCCACAGGCGUCAGCACGUUAGAACCAGCAUGGCAGCUCCCACUAGCAGUGUGGGGAAACCCUCCGCUGAGCGCUCACCGUUCAAUACUACCAGUUUUCAGAAGAAAACCAGGAGCAGGUUAAUCUCCAUACCUGGUACCAGACCGUCGGUUCAAAACGGACAACUCUUAGUUUCCACCGGUGUCACGUCUCUCGACUAUCUGCUCGGUGGUGGGUUAGCAGUUGGAACAGUACUUCUCAUAGAGGAGGACCGAUAUGACAGCUAUUCUCGUAUGAUCUUGAAGUACUUCCUGGCAGAAGGAGUGGUGUGUCGACAUGAACUUUUUGUGGCGGCGGCUCAAGAUAACCCAGAUGACAUCUUACAGGAACUCCCGGCUCCCAUCUUAGAUGAUGUUGCUAUCCAUAAACCAGUGGAGCAGCCCAGGCUGUCUUGUGAACCUCAGGACAGUUUGGAUGCCAUGAAGAUUGCCUGGCGCUAUCAGAAUCUUCCAAAAGUACAGAGUGCCUUGGCAUCCUCAUCCCGGUUCGGGCACUACUAUGACGUCUCCAAGACGAUGGAGCCAGAAAUUCGCCAGGCAGCCAAGUGCCACCGCUUCUACCUUCCCGAACAUCCCACCCAGUCAUCACCCACACACAGUACCAUGCUUGAGUCCUACUCUGCGUUGCUGAAGUCACUUCAAGAGGUCAUUCACCGGGAGGGCUUUGAAGUAGCAGCCCCCAUGUCAAAGUCACGUAACAUCCUGCGAAUCGGGCUUCACUCUCUCGGCUCGGUACUGUGGGGUGAUGACCUGUGUUGCCAUGACGACCCCAGAAACAGCCACGCCCUCACUACCUUUCUCUAUGGACUGCGUGCUUUGCUAAGGUCAUCGCUGUCAGUUGCAGUAGUAACUGUGCCUUCACAUCUCAUCCAGGACAGAGCUCUAAUGGGCAGCAUAACCAGGCUAUGUGACAAUGCCAUAGCCCUGGAAUCAUUCAAAGGCUCUGAGAGAGAGACCAACCCACUCUACAAAGAUUACCAUGGCCUGCUGCAUGUACGCCGAGUUCCUCACCUGAACUGUCUGGCAAGUAAACUUCCUGACCACAAGGACCUGGCCUUCAAGCUCAAAAGAAAACAGUUCACUAUUGAGAGACUGCAUUUGCCUCCAGACUUGUCUGAGACGGUGAGUCGUGUGAGCAGGGGGGAGCUGGCAGGAGCGGCCACAGUGGCUUCAGCCUGUGGCUCUGGCACUUCCGGCAACAAACACCUGGACUUCUAGAGCUCCCACUCAGUCGCCACGGGCAACCAACACCUGGAACGCUGCAGCGUUGUCCUCUUUACCAUGGUGACCAGGUUGUUCCCUCGCCCACGUAAUGUCAAGCGCGAUAACCCUGCCUGCCAUCGCCACCUGCCAACUGCCCCAGCCAGGGGUGAAGAUCUAAACAUCCACUGUACCUCAUCUCAUCAUAGACACAUUUCAUCCUUUAAGUCUUUGUUUUUUUUAUGUAAACCUACAGUACACUAUACGUGCUUAUUUUUUCUCAGAAAGAUGAUAUGGCACAUUCCAAGCUGUCAUGAGAUGUUAAUUUCACCCAUGUUACUGGCCAAGUUUGUAUACCCCCAGUUUGCUUUGUUUCACUUGCAAAAAAAUGUGAGCCCUGUGGUAUUUUGAAAUGUUACAUGAAAGUACUUGAUUAGCAGGGUGACUCUUAAAAUCCAAGAUGGCGGUAUUAUUUAAGAUUUGGUACAUUUUGUUUGCUUUUUGUUUUUCUCUGUCUCUGGGGAUAGUAAAGUGUAACCACGAAAUGUUUUUUUAGUCUUUACAGACUCUCAGUCUUGGCAAACAUUAAAUAAUUUAACUGCAUCUCCUAAGCUCCGGGGCCUCCUUUACAAAACAAGUAACCACUCCUGCCUGCAGUAGCUCCACCAUGUACAAUAGUAGUUUAUUUUCUUGGAUAGUGCAAUGGAAUGUGCUUUUGUUUAGUCAAAUAAAAAUAAAUAAAUAAAUACACAACA